ACUUUAAACCAAGAGUGUCAUACAGAGAGCACAGGGGAUAAACCAUCCAGUGAAGAGACCUGUCCUGCCACUGACUGUGCACUCCCCCCUUUUAAGCAUUUCUGUAAGCGUGUUGGCCACAGAGCCUCAGCUCACCUGUGCACACCUGAGUUCACCUGUAGGAGCCCAUCCUGUGAAAGGAGACCAGAUAUGACUGUUAAUCUCUGUUUCGAUGAAUUCUCAGUCUAAAGUCUCAUUUGGUUUAAUAUUUUACUUCUUCAUUUUCUCUAAAUUUGGCUGUAGAUUUCAGAUAAUGCUGGCAUCUUUAAGAGAAAUAACGGCAAAAACAUAACAGGAUACAUUUAGUGAUUCACUCAGUUAUACUAAUAGAUAACAUUUUUAUUUUAGUUUUUUAAUGAGCAGUUUUCUACCAUUAGAUUCAGGCAUUUCCAGUUGGGGCUAUCACCAACAUUCCACAAUCAUGCACAAGCAUUUUUCAAAUUGGGGGGUACACCAGUGGCCAUGGGACAGGUCACUUCUAGCAGAGUAUUCAGCAGCUCACAAAAGAUGAGGUAUUUUUAGGGCCGACUUUCGGCCACAAGCAGAUGAGGAUCUCUAAAGGGAAGUUUGAGAAACCCAGGCAGUCGGAAUACCUUUUCUACAGUCUCUAGAAACUUCACACAGCCACAAAAAUAGCACCAGCAGUUACUGUGGCCUCUGAUAGACUUCCAUGCAACUCCUCUGAUGCGGUAGUACACUCCAGGGACUUCGCUUGCUCAAGGCUGCCAUGUAGUCGGAUAAGCUGCCAUGCCUCUUUUGAUUGGAAUAAGAGGCAAAUCAAUGUAACUUGGUGGAGAUACUUCCUUUUCUCACCACCGACAAGGUCAAGAAACAUCUUAUGCAGUAAUAAUCUUUACUGCUACAAAUCAAAUAUGCUGAUUAUAUAUAUUUUUUUUUUUAAAAAUUGCCCUAUCUGAAGAUUUCUGUCAGGUCUUGUAAAUAGGCCCACAAAUACAAGAAACCCAUCAGGGUCCUGUUUUCCCAAAGGUUUAGGAAAUCACCCCUUUGUCAUCGAAGCAAUGGAGAACUCGUCAGAGCAGUCCCGCUGGGUGUCCCCGUCGCUGGUCAGCGGAGACCCCAUGGGCCCCUUCUCGGCAGAGCAGGGCCUGCUGCCUCCAGGGGACGAGGCCGAGGCCUUCUACUCCACGUCCGAGGCCGACUUCACCAGCCUGCCCUCCUACUUCUCCAGCGGAGGCCAGGGCCGGGCUUCCGCCUCUUACAGACAUAGCCCAGUGCGGCAGUUGUACUCCUCCUCCUCUCUCCUGAGCAACAUCCAGUGGCUGGACGGGCCGGGGGGCCACUCGCUGAGCUCCCCCUACAACCCCUCUUCCUCUGGCUGGGCCAGCGGACCCUUCCCCAAGACUCCGCUGUACUCCCAUCCCUCCGCCUCCCUCUAUACCACCAGCGCCACCUCCUCCUUCAGCUCCCCCAAGGAGGACUUCCCCUCGCCGGGCCGCGAUGGCAAGGAGAGCCCCAGGCUCCAGGAGGCUCUGAAGGCCGAGCGGCUGAGCCCCAUGGGAGGAGGAGGUGGGGGCGGUGGCGCCGGCAUCGGCACCAGCACCAGCACCGGGGGCAGCUUCUUCAAUUUGACCUCCACGGCCGGGGGGAUGUACACGUCCUCCCCCCACCUCCUGGGGCCCUACAGCUCCUACAUGAGCUCUCAGCAGGACUACAGCUCCCCGGGCCUCUACUCCUCACCUGGGGGCUGGAUGAGCCCUUCGGCCUACUCCCCUAAAUUGCGCAACAAGAUGCGACUGUCUCCACCAGAGGCUCGAGAGUGUGUGAACUGUGGCGCAACUACCACCCCUCUCUGGCGGCGAGAUGGUACCGGCCACUACCUCUGCAAUGCUUGCGGGCUGUACCACAAAAUGAACGGCCAGAACAGGCCUCUCAUCCGUCCAAAGAAGAGAUUGAUUGUCAGCAAGCGUGCAGGAACUCAGUGCGCUAAUUGCCACACGAGCACCACAACCCUGUGGAGACGCAACGCCAAUGGCGAGCCCGUGUGUAACGCCUGUGGCCUCUACUUCAAGCUGCAUAAUGUGAACAGACCGCUGACCAUGAAGAAGGAUGGCAUUCAAACGCGGAACCGCAAAGUGUCAAACAAAAACAAGAAGGGCAAGAAGAAUGCUCCCAUGGAUGCAUAUGCUGACCUGGUCCACGGACCCCCACAUGACGACCUGGGGGGGCACUACUCCCUCUCCCAGGGACCGCUCCUGUCUUACGGCCACCCCUCACACUUGCUCCCCCCAGGCGCCAGCCUGCACCCCUCAGCCAGCCUGCCGUACUCCCACCACCCAAACUCGGGCAUGGUGCCCACCCUGGUGUGAAGGGCCGACACAGGAGGAGUGCACAGCAUCAGGACUGUGGACACGGACACAGAUGAGAGCGCACACCGUCUGCUGCCGAUGUAUGUACACAGAUGAAUGCAUUAAGAGAACUGUAGGCCCACCGAAGACCAAACACUGAAGCUGGAUGGUGAACAUUCUUUGGCUUUCUGGAGGGAUGAAUGUAUGUUUAUUCUACCAACUUUUUUCCAUUUGUUUUUCAUAGCAUGUGAAGCUUAAUAUUUUAUGAAGUUUGAUAGUUAUCUGAUAAUAUGAUCUCAUCUUGUCCUAAAGAUUCAUUUUUUAAAAAGGAGGACAAAUAUUUUUACUUCAAAAAACAAUGUACAAAUGAAGAAGUAAUUCACUUAGAAAUAUGUGCCUUUUCCAACUGUAGACUGUGAAAUGCAGAUAUGAAUAUUGUUUUGUGAAAGAUAUAUGUUCUUGAUGUAGGCCAGCGUUUAAUAUAACGUAUAUUGAAAGCUUACAGGGAUACAUCACAUUGAUAUAUUUUUGUAAAUAUGAAGUGCUGAUCUUUUAAAAAGCUGUGAACGUUGAUUGAAUUAAUAACAUAUUGAUAUACCUUAA